AUGGGGUAUACCUCUUUUUUCAUCAUCAACUUUGAUGAGUGCUCUCACCGGAAGUCCCGCCUCCCUGAGAGGGCCGUGCUGGUGGGGGAGUGCUCCCACCGGAAGUCCCGCCUCCCUGAGAGGGGUGUGCUGACGACGGAUAGCAUUGACUGGUUACAGAGCCCAAUUGGACUGUGCAAAGUCGAUCGCUAUACCCCCAGUGACGAGGAGGAGCAGACCUGGACGACUGACUCGGCCAAACUUUUCCAACAAACUGCCUCCGAUCCACUCAAAGUCUUGAGCUGGCUCCGAAAAGAUCUGGAAAAGUGUGCCGUAGGGAUCCAGAAUGUGCUGAAUGCCAGUAAUAACGCAGGUGCCCCCAGUACAAAAGACUCGACUGCAAGUGCGAGGCAAGCCAUGCCGCAGCGCAAUGUGCAUUCCCCCGGUGGCUACAGCGUGUGCGAUGAGGAGUUCAGCAUGAACGUCAACUCCAACCGGGGCUCCCCCAACUUCCACUUGGCAAUGAAGGCUGCUUGUCAAAAGGAGGCGAAGGAUGAGGAAAGUGACAGUUCUGCUUCGCCAAACAUGAAUCCUGACCCCGAUGAAGUCUCUUAUUAUUGCAAUAGGCUUUCCAACCUUGCCAUAGCGAUGGCGCGCAAGGAAAUGAACGAGAAUGCAGAUGGCAAAACACAUGUCCACAAGACCGGGUUUACGGCUGCUGGGGACCAUGGCCACAGGUCUGUUGGGGCGGGCGCAGAGGAGAAGCACAAACCAUCCAAGAUGGGUGAAUGCAAAUUUGAAGGGAGCCCCCCGAUGAAGCAGAAGACCAUGUAUUACAAAGAAGAGAAUACGGAAAUGCCGAAUAGAAGCGAACCAUGCAGGGACAGGACCAAAGGUUGCAACCAUCGGAAACGUUUUGGCACCGAUGAGUAUACCAGCUCCCUGAGCAAAGGUUUAUUGGUUUAUGCCAACAAUGUUGUUUCAGAUAUGAUGGUCUCCGUCAUGAAGACGAUGAAAGUUAAAGUGAACGAUUCCAAUAUAGCUUGCGCAGUCUUAAAGAAGGUCCUGCUGAAGCAUUCCAAGGAGGUGGUCUCUGACCUGAUAGACUCCUGCAUGAAAAACUUGCACGACGUCACGGGGACCCUAAUGACUGACUCCGACUUUGUUUCAGCAGUGAAGCGGAGCCUCUUCACCCAAGGAAGUCAAAAGGCGUCUGAGAUUGUACAAGCCAUGCUGAAUCGCUUGCAUUAUGCUUUGAUUGUGCAAAAGCAGGCGGGUGACAAGGCCCGGUCCCAAAGCAUGGCUUUUACCAGUGUCAAGACAGGGGGAGGAGCUGACGGGAAGACUCAGAACAUGAGGUUUUCCGCUGCGAAAUCAGAAUCACAUAAAGAGAAAGAAAUGACUUGCGCGGAAACAGUUGGAAACCACAUCCUGAAGGAGGGCCUCACCAAGUGGCAGAAAAAGGCCGACCCCGGAGGUGCCAAUCCCCAGUCAUCCAAGGCCACGGGUGGUGCCCCCUGGAAUCUGGACAACCAAGACCUCGCCACAGAUUCCUGGGCGAGAGACCUGAUUGUGACAGCGUUGCUCCUGAUACAAUACCAUCUAGUACAGCAGGAGAAUGCCACGAAGGAAGGAGACGGUGGCAGGUCCAGCCAGGCAGCUGGGACAUUUGGCUUUCUGUCCCACAAUAAAGGCAGUGGUGGCUCCCCCCCACAUUCAGCAAGACUGUAUGACCCAACCAAGCAAAGUGAUGAUGAACAGUCAGAGGCAAAUCCCGAAAAUGACAUGUCCAGUGUGGUGGUGAUGCUCAUCCAGAAGCUUAUCAAUGAGACGGUCAACAAAUUAGGAGGAGGCGUGGGGAGUGGGAUGGCAGAAGAAGCAAGCCGGAAUGCCUGCAAAUACUUUGAGGGACCAGGGCCAUCCGGCCUCUCAGAAACAGACCAUUCCUAUGAAGACGCCAUCUCUGGACUGACCAAAAUGAUUCUGGAACAGUUUGAUGUUGACAGGAAGGAAGGAGGCAGCGGCCCCUUCAUCGACCACCUGGUGGAUACGGUAACAAAACUGUGUCUCAUGAUAGCCAAAUACAGCAAUCCUGAGACAGGUCUUGAAGAUGAAGGAGAUGGAGAAGAUGCUGGUGGGGUGAUGUAUUUCAAGGACUCCGAUGCUGGGGAAAGCCGGGUCGGGUCGGGCGAAGACACUGCAUCUGGACGCAAAGUGGUUGUGACCAACCAGAAUGCUCCAGAGAACAAGCACCACAAACAGCUCCAAGCCAUCCUUCAGUGGGUGGCGGCCUCACAGUUAAAUGUGCCUGUGUUGUACUUCAUGGAUGACGAUGAAGAAACGCUGAAUAAGCUUCAGCAACUCUCCUCCUUGGCGGUGGAAAGGGGCUACAGUGUCGGGGAAGUCAUGCAAGCCGUGUUGAAGUACGAGAAGGAACGACAGCUGGGGGAGGCCUUGGGCAACUUGGUGCGGUUGCCCGUACUGGACUGGCUGCUUCAGCACCUCUGA